UGAGGACAAAGAGACAGAACGUUGGACUGAGGCAUAUCAAAGAAAUGAAUUGGCUGAUGUUACACAUAAGAAUAUUGGAGAAGAAGUAAUUGAAACAUUUCAUGAUGUUUUAUUUCAAAACAAAAGACCUAAAAUUGAAUCUGGCCUUCUUCAGGCAGAACAUGUUCGAACUGGACACCAUCCUCCGUUCGGUCAUCCGUCUACUGUUCUCGAGUCUAGCACCUCAAUGCCUACCACACCAUCGACAGAACUUACAUUGACACAGCGACCGAUUUCUCUUCGAACGUAUCUGUGGACUCAUGCACCUCCAAAAAGGUUAUCAUCGUCGACUAUUACAACUACUUCAACAGAAUCAACAACGACUACAACACAAGAAAAAUCAAUCUUUCUAUCACCAAUUGGAGAAGUUGUCGACUGUGAACAUUUUCGUAAUAAAGGAAAAGGGUCUGGUGCUAAUCAACUUUCUGUUCCCAAUUACGGAGAUUUCUAUGCUUAUUGUGAAAUGGAGUCGGAACAUGGAUGGAUUGUUCUUCAAAAGUUUUUUUUAUCACGGCAAAAUUAA